UUAUUUAUUUUUCAUUUGACGUUCUUUGUACAGAUUUCCAAAUAUUUAUAGGUUUUUCAUUAUUUAUAUAAAUUUGACUUAAAACAUGGGUUAUUGUUAUAAAUUCAGUGACAUGAAAUAUAGAUAAGAUUUUCUUUUACCGAUCUGGCCACGAGGUCCUCUUGAAAUGGCUCAAGACGUAGCUGAUGAUGUUUGUGACAGUUGGGAAGAAAUGAUAGAAAAUGGGGUUUUAGAAAAGAAAUUAGAAGAAUUACAACUUAGAGCUCCUAGAACUAGUGCUUCCGAAGAUCAAAGUAGUGAAACACCUUUAUAUCCACAGAUGAAAUUAGAAGACAAUUCUCGAACUCCUUAUAUGCCUCAGGUUAAAAUCUUAAAACGUCCAAAUGACGCAAAAACAGUCGUCAUGCCUGAGAAAUCGCCUAGCAGACUUCCAGGAAAGACUUUAAAACAAAGAGAAGCUGAAUAUGCAGAAGCCAGGUUAAGGAUACUAGGUUCUGCUCACAGUGAAGAAGAACAAAGCUCUAGUAAUUCAAAUUCAGUGUAUCUUGCUUCUGCAGAGAAGCGAAGUGAAGCUGAAGUUAUUGUUGUUCGACUACCCCGUGGACCAGAUGGAACAAAUGGUUUUUUACAACAACGGUAGCAUUAGGCAUUGUACAGAAUUAGGAAUUUUAAAUAAAGACAGUUGUGAAUUGAACAGUUGGGACCUGGACUUUUUACACAGCCUCCCAGCUUGUUUUAAAUUAUAUAUAUAUAUAAAACAAAAUAAACAAGGUAAAAAAAUUGAUUUUGUUUUUGUUGCAUGAUGUCUUCUGUAAAUUCAUCACUGUGCUUCCUUUUACUUUUUUCUAUGCAAACAGUUUCAUGUUUGUGAAUGCGCUUUGUAUAAGUUUUAUUGCAGUUUUAAUUUAUACUGAACUCCUGAGUGUUGCAUAACAUAUUUUAACUAACAGUCACUGGUUAAAGAAGAAAAUAUUUUACUAUUCUGGUUAAUUAUUGAAACCGCCUGUAAAACAUUUUAUAUAGUUGUAAAGCUGACACUGCAUUUUAAGCAUCACACUUGUAAGUAAUAGAUAUGUAUAUUUUCAUAUGAUUGCUGUCCUGAUUUAUAAUAACUUCCAUGUGUAAUAAAAUGUGAUAAUUUUU